ACGUUAAAACGCAGACACGGGAAGACAAACGUUUAUUUCACGUUAGGACGGCAGAGCGGGCUGGAGAUGCCCGAGAACACCUAAAUGUGCAUCGUAAACAGAAACACCACAAGUCUUGUUCCAGCCUCUGUCGCUUGUCCGAGGGGUGCAGGAUGGCGCUGGUGCCUCGCUGCCCUUCCUGCCCGGGCUCAGCUGCUCCGCACAGCCCUCGGGGGGACCCCGGGCGCGUCCCCCUCAGGAGCGGUGUGCACAGCCCCGGGGUCACGGAGCAGAGCCCGGCUGGGGCGGCCCGAGGCCACGCAUUCACCCCACGGGCAGUGCGGUGGCGAUCCGCUGUGCCCGCAGGGCAGGCCAUGAGGCAGGAAUGGCCCGGUUCCCGCAGGCUCACCCUGCCGGGGACAGCGGGGACAGCUCGGGCCAGGGCUCCGCCACACGCCCGCCCGAGCGGCGGGGCCGGCUGCGGGAGCCGCACCGUCCCGGGGCUGGAAACACCUCUGGGCCAUCGAGGCCAUGCCCAAGGCCACCCUGUCAACCAGGCCCUGGCACCAGUGCCACCGCCAGCCUUUCCUUAAACACCUCCAGGGACCGUGACUCCGCCGGCCCCUGGGCAGCCCUUUCCAAUGUCUGAUCACCAUUUCCGAAGGAAUUCCUCCCGAUGUGCCACCUGAACCUCGCCCGGAGCAGUUCAGUCGCCCCCGGCCGGGACGGCGGUCAGUGGAGAGGGCCGGUGGUGCGGAGGGAACCCCGCAGGACGCGGUGCCGCAUCCCGGGAACGGGAAAAGGAUGUGGAACGCCGGCGGCGGCGGGGCCGGAGCCAUGUCUCAGGCCGUGCAGACCAACGGGACACAGCCUCUGAGCAAGACCUGGGAGCUGAGUCUGUACGAGCUGCAGAGAACACCGCAGGAAGCCAUCACAGAUGGCCUGGAGAUCGUGGUGUCCCCGCGGAGCCUGCACAGCGAGCUCAUGUGUCCCAUCUGCCUGGACAUGCUCAAGAACACCAUGACCACCAAGGAGUGUCUGCACCGCUUCUGCGCUGACUGCAUCAUCACCGCCCUCAGGAGCGGCAACAAAGAAUGUCCCACGUGUCGCAAAAAGCUCGUUUCAAAAAGAUCCCUGCGGCCAGACCCCAAUUUUGACGCUCUCAUCAGUAAGAUCUACCCGAGCCGGGAUGAGUACGAGGCUCAUCAGGAGAGGGUGCUGGCCAGGAUCAGCAAGCACAACAACCAGCAAGCCCUGAGUCACAGCAUCGAGGAGGGAUUAAAGAUCCAGGCUAUGAACAGGUUGCAGCGGGGCAAGAAGCAGCAGAUCGAGAAUGGCAGCGGGGCCGAGGACAACGGGGACAGCUCCCACUGCAGCAACGCCUCCACACACAGCAACCAGGAGGCAGGGCCCAGCAACAAGAGGACCAAAACCUCGGAUGACUCUGGGCUGGAGCUGGACAACAACAACACCACAGUGGCCAUAGAUCCCGUGAUGGACGGGGCCAGUGAGAUCGAGCUGGUGUUCAGGCCCCACCCCACGCUCAUGGAGAACGAUGACAGCGCGCAGACAAGGUACAUCAAGACCUCAGGCAACGCCACGGUGGAUCACCUGUCCAAGUACCUGGCGGUGAGGCUGGCGCUGGAGGAGCUGCGCAGCAAGGGCGAGUCCAACCAGAUGAACCUGGACACGGCCAGCGAGAAGCAGUACACCAUCUACAUCGCCACCGCCGCCGGCCAGUUCACCGUGCUAAAUGGGUCCUUCUCCCUGGAACUGGUCAGUGAGAAGUACUGGAAAGUGAACAAACCCAUGGAACUGUACUAUGCCCCCACCAAGGAGCACAAAUAAGUGCUGGGAAACUGGGAUGGAACUAACUCUUUUUAUAGCUACGACUUCUUUAAUAUUAAAAUAAGGCACCACCAGUAUCUUCAUGGACAACACAUGUGGUGCCUUCAGGCACUCAGUAUACUCAGUAAUAUGACUAGACAGUAUUCUGGGCUGUAUUUAAUUUAGUCCUUGGGUUGGGUUUUUUGGUUUUUCCCUAGGAGACUAAAUGACCUUCUCCAGUGCAUUCCAGUGUUUGAGAUGCUUUUUUGUUCCUAAUGCAUGAUACCUGAUCCAGUGUUCCAGUUUGGAAUGGCUUCAUUUUGUCCAGGUGAAUCUGGAUUUCUGCUCCAUCAGACACAGUUAUAGUAGCCUCUGUGAAGUGUGGAGUGUUGGGUGGCCAAGGAAGUCUGUUCAAUAGUAGCAUAUGCCAAGGAAUGUGUUAAAUGUUGGAAUUUGGUGACUGUUGCCCAUCUGGAGAAUUGACUGGUAGAGAAUGGAUUUGGGAUAGUCUUGCAGCUAGAGGUAAUCUGAUUCCCUAGGAAAGGUUCAUUAAGACAUUUUCUUGUGAACAAAUGUGAAUUUUGCAUCUUGUGAGAGGUAUUGCUGCCCAUGGCAGGGGCUUGGACCAAGAUGGUGUUUAAGGUUCCUUCCUAGUCCAGCUAUCCUGGGAUCCUGGGAUUCCAAAGACAGCUGCAGUGAGAAAACUGACACUUUAAAACCUUGUUGUUUACUGAAUUUAAUACUUCAGUGCAAGGUGGUUCAUCAGACCGGUUUGGUUUUGUUUUUAAUGGCUAUUUCAGUCAAAAAACACCCAAACACACCAAACCUGUAACUCUUCUCCAUGUAGGACAUGCCAGUCUUGAUUCCUGCCUGGCCCCUUCUGCAAUGUUGCCCUGUCUUCACAGCUGGACUGAGGGAAAUCUGAAUGUUUCAUAGCCCUGCUCUGUUCCCUAGAGUAGGAUGUCCAUUGUGAAUGUGCUGUGAACUGUCCAGAAAACUUUUUUGUUAAAGCAAAUCCCCCAAAUUCCAGCACACUGCCAUCAAAAUGCUUUGCUCUGGGGAACUGUGCCACCCCAGCAGGGACCUUUUUCCUGGUGUCAGUGUGAGUAGGGAAGACUUUGACUGUAAGCUGCUCCAAGAUUCUACUUUUGUUACUUUGCCAUAGCUUUAACAAACAUGGCUUAGCACUUUGGAAGACAACUUCAGUACUUGACAAAGUUUACCAUUUAGUGUCUUAUAUUUAGGCUCAAUUUUCCUAACGUGGCAGUGGGCCAUGCUGUACGGCCCGGUAGCUGCUGGUGAUUCGCAUGUACAGCCCCUGUACCCCGGCUCUGGACCUUGCUGUGGCUCUGAGGGGCAGCUUGACCUGUCCCCUGUCCUGUCUGAAGGGAAGCUGUCACUACGAGGUUCCCUUUGCUCCAAGACUUGCUGAUGGACCCUCUCCUCUUUGCCCCUGAGGCUCAAGGCAGAGGGUGGGCGAUGGGUGGGAAGCACAGGGCUUUACUCCACAUGCUGUGGUUUACACUCCUCCUGUGUCCUGCCCGGACUCCCACUGACUUUGGCAUGUGAUACAAAAGUAUUCUGCUGCUCGGGGAUUCUCCUGGGAAGGAUUUGCCCUUCCCUGGCUCUGGGCUUUCCUAGCACUUGUAAAUAGUGUCCCUCCUGGCUGCUGUUCACAUCAGCUUCAUGCUGCUGUGGAACCUGCACAGGCUUCUUUGAGUAACUUAAUUAUUUCCUUUGACUGGAGAGCCUUGGGCUUUUGUGACAUGAAAUGGAAGUGUUCAGGCCCCAGAGCACAGAGGGGCAGCUAUUAGGGACCUGUUUUUGCUGACUUUGUGAAACGUUGCUGUAUAGACUGUAGUGCAUGUCCACAGAGUAUUAUGGGGGGUGGGGGAGUGGCUGUGCUAAAUGCUUUAAAGUUACUGGGGAAACUUCUAGAUUGGUGCCAGCAUCGCUCCUGGGGGAGCUGAGGAGGGACAGUCCCUUAAGCAAGAGAGGUGUUGUGAAGCUGAGCAGUCUGUCUAGGAGCUGUCACUUUGUCUCCAGUUCUUUUGAAAAGCGUGGGAGAAUGUGAAGCUUUUAUUUUCAUGUUGUAGUGAAUUUCCUGAGUAUUUAUGUUCUUUAAAUAUUAUAUAUAUAAUGUAGUUGUUUGAUUAAACCAUUGAUUGCACUGUGA